CCAGUUCAGGCACAGUGAGUCAGGCAGGCGUGCUGGCAAGAUUUGAAGCGCAAAAAAUACUGAGUUUUCUAACAUUAUGAGAGCAGUGAAUCUGGAGCCACCUGUCAACAUUUUAAUGGGCUAUUAGGCCUAUUUUAGAUACUCUGUAGAAAGCUGUCAUUGGCCAGAACAUCUCUGUAGACACAGAGAGCUGAAAAUGACUGAAUAAAGCGCUGAACGCUGUCAGCGUUAAUCUGGUCAGCUGUGAUGGCCAAGUUUCAGGGCUUUGAGUUCUGGAGGAAAACUCUAAAGGAAGCACGCUAUGUGGUGGCACCCAUGGUAGACCAGAGCGAGCUGGCGUGGCGCUUGCUCAGCCGCCGGCACGGUGCUCAGCUUUGCUACACCCCCAUGCUGCAUGCUCAGGUGUUCGUCCGUGACGCGAACUACAGGAGAGAAAACCUCUACAAUGAAGUCUGUGAGGAGGACAGGCCUCUCAUUACACAGUUUUGUGCCAACGAUCCAGAGGUGUUCCUGCAGGCAGCUUUGCUGGCUCAGGAUUAUUGUGACGCCAUUGAUCUCAACCUGGGCUGUCCACAGAUGAUAGCUAAGAGAGGACAUUAUGGGGUUUUCCUACAAGAUGAAUGGGAGCUGUUAGAAAAAAUGGUCAGCUUAGCCAAUGAAAGGCUCUCAGUGCCAAUCACAUGUAAGAUCCGUGUGUUCAAGGAGAUGGAAAAGACGGUCCGCUAUGCUCAGAUGCUCGAGAAAGCUGGAUGCCAGCUGCUGACGGUUCACGGCAGAACCAAAGACCAGAAGGGUGCCAUGACGGGUAUCGCUAGCUGGGAGCACAUAAAGGCUGUACGGCAGGCAGUAAAUAUUCCAGUGUUUGCUAACGGCAACAUCCAGCACCUCGGUGAUGUGGAGCGCUGCAUUCAAGAAACGGGCGUGCAGGGAGUUAUGAGUGCAGAGGGGAACCUCCAUAACCCUGCCCUGUUUGAAGGCCGCAGCCCCCCAGUGUGGGAAAUGGCUGAGGAGUAUCUAGAGGUGGUGAAGCGGUAUCCUCCGUGCACUCUGUCCUACGUUCGAGCCCACCUCUUCAAGCUCUGGCAUCACACGCUGCAGAUCCACCAGGACCUGAGGGAGGAGUUGGCCAAGGUGAAGACCCUUGAGGGUUUGGCUGACGUUAGCAAACAGCUGAGGCUUCGCUGUCAGGAGGAGAUAGCCAAAGGGAAGGAUGCUGAAGAUAAAGAAAGUGGGCUUCCUUUCCCCCACUGGAUCUGCCAGCCGUAUGUCAGGCCAGUGCCAAAGGAGACGCUUGCCAAUGGUAACAGUCAGGGGUCAGAGGUGAAGAAGAAGAAGACAGUGUGUCAGAAGAGGGCGCUGGAGGACUGUGAUGGAACAGCUGACACGCUUUCCAAGAACAAACAGAAGAAGAGAUCCCGCAACCCCAACAAGAACUUCUGUCCCGACCAGAAACCCAAGUACGUCAAAUGUGAACAAUGUGGCAACCCAAAGGGAAAUAAGUGUGUCUUCAACCUGUGUCGAGGCUGCUGUAAGAAGAAGGCCUACAAAGAAGUGGCAGACUGUCCGAGCCAUGGGCUGAGGUUCAAGACCAAGGCAGAGAAACGGAAAGCUGAGGAGAAGGAGCAGGUGGAGAAGGAGCAGGUGGAGAAGGAGCAGGUGGAGAAGGAGCAGGUGGCGAUAUCCACGACAGAGAUGGAGAGGAGAAGCAGCACUCCUCAGCCUCUCCAUGAUUCAAGAAGAGAACUGCAGGAGCAGUCCAAGCAUCAGCCGCUGCUAUGAGCUGGACGGCUACAUGCUCUACGUGCACAAACCAGACUCCUGUUAAUAAUGCUCGGAGCUGAUUUACGCUGAGCUCUUUCUUUUUUUUUUUAAAUUCAUCUCUGCAAACCAAAUGGGGUAAAAAAAAAAAAAAAGCUGUCCAGCCACGUUGGUGGGGUGAAGAAUAGUUAUAAUGGUCGGUGCUGCGAGCUCGUGUGAAUCCAGGAUUUACUCUGCAGGCUGUUCUGUGUGUUCAGGCAGCAGAGGGAGAUGUGACCGGAGGGUGAACGAUGCUCUGUGGAAGCAGAUCAGUGCAUUCAGAGGCAGCCAUGAGGAGUUGUACAUACUGUGUACACAGCUGCUAAGUAGUCUGUUUGAGACUGAUGGUGAAGUGUGGACAGCAAUCUACAGACCAAACAAACCUUAUUUUAUGUAAAAGGGACUGUGAGGUGAUUGGGUGGCUGGGACUGGACUCCUGCAAAUGGAAUAGUUCUCAUCGGAUUUAUUUAUAAAUAUAUAUAUUUUUAAGAUGGAUCCUAUGAAGACAGUAUUUUGGCCAAAGUUGUUGGUGAGUCACCACAGGGAAAGAUUCACUAACUGUGCGGUAGAGCUUUUUAACAGCAGGUAUAUUAGACACACAAACGCUGCGCUGCUCAGCUGCUGUUCAUUGGAACACAGUGCCAUAUAUGUAUAUUGCUCAGGGGGGGGCACUGUCUCCUUUUGCAUGUUUCUCUGUGGAGGCAGAACACAUUUACAGAUCCUGAGUACUUGAACUGUAUUUAUGAUAGCUGGUUAAAAUCGCUUUUUCAAAGUUACUGCUACGAACCUCUCGGGCUGCCUGGCUAAUUUAGAUAAGUCAGGACUCCCCAACACUGACACACAGACUGACAUAUAUCAUCUCAGCCUCUGGUACUUUGAUUAAACCAUUAAUCUUCUUGUUCUGACAUAAUUCAGUCAGAUUGAACGGAGGAACACUUACAGUUAAACACCAUAAAACAGGUUCUCACAAGUGGAACUUUAUUCCCCGUUCCUCAGUUUGGGAACAUCAAAAAGCAACACAAAAUACAGGAACUGGUUGGAGGCCUUGGUCACAUGACCUGAGCAAGAUGGCAGUGGCAGACUUCAUGAAGCGUCUGCUCGUCUAUAUGUGUUUUAAAAAAUGUUUCAUUAAAGGUCAUAAAUGUGGUUUUGCAUAAAUGUUAGCCUGUAGUGCAUUUACUGCAUAGAUGUGCCUUUGGACUGCCUGUCCAGAUACAAACAAGCAUAUGUGGGGCAGAAAAGCACAGAAAUCAGUGCUACUGAGUCAGCCGUGCUCAGUAAAUGCACAACCUGAAAGACAUUCAGAGGUGCUACCUGUCUGUAUAAUUAUGAAUACAGCCUAAUAUGGAAGACUAAUCAUCAAUCUAUUCUGCAGUGGUUGGCCUCAAAGGUGGGGGGGGGGAUAAAAUGUGACAUACAGACGAGGAAAAUGACAGAUUUGCAAUGAUGGAGCCGCCGUGAUGUCACCCUCUGGUUUCUCUGAGUGCAGUUUAUCCCACCCAUGUCGAGCCAUUAGAAGGACGUCAAGCAGAAUAUUACAAAGAUAGUUUUAAUUAUUACAAUAAUUAAAGGAAUAAAAUAAACCAACCUAAAGAUUUCUUGCAGGCUCCAAUAGCUACUGUCUGCAGUUCCAAUAUGUCGAAACUUGUCACGUGUUUCCUAUUUUUUAAUUUUAUUUUUAUAAUUAUUUCCAGAUCUGUAAACCUGAGUGUGUUUUAUGUCCUGCUCUUAUUUGUUUUGCGUACAUCUUUUGAUGCAGCUGGUACAGCGUCCUAAAGCACGGCGUGUCACCUGUGCUAAUAAUGUUUAUACAAAUAAACAUUAAUACGAAAAGGG